AUGUCUACAAAAGGAGCAUUAGUCAAAUUAGUGGUAGAAGCUGGAAAAGCUGCCCCUGCUCCACCAGUUGGUCCAGCAUUGGGUUCCAAAGGGGUUAAGGCAAUUGAUUUUUGUAAAGAGUUCAAUGCUCGUACUGCCAUUUACAAUCAAGGAGUACCUAUACCCGUCAUAAUACAAGUCAAACCUGAUCGUACAUUUACAUUUGAAAUGAAAUCUCCACCUACUUCGUGGUUAUUGAUGAAAGCUGCUGGAGUGGAAAAAGGUAGCGGGAAAGGAUUAGAAGAACCUGUUGGAGAAGUGUCGUUGAAACAUAUUUGGGAAAUUGCCAAGAUUAAAAAAACCGAUGAUAGACAUAGAUCCGUUGAUCUUAAAGCUAUUAUUGGGAGUGUGAUUAGCACGGCAAAAGAGGUUGGCAUCAAAGUUGUACCAUAA